AAAUUAACAAGCAACUGUAAACUUCCUGUAAAUAAAUAAAUAAAGCCCCCAAAACACUAUUUAAAGUUGAAACCACAGUUGGUACUAGGUGGGUGGGAUGCAUGAUUGACAAUUUGUAAAAAGCAACAAAAAGCAGAAGGAUGAAAGGUGGUGUGAUAGCAGCCAUCGUGGUUGCCGUCGUAAUCGCGGCAUCGAUCUUCAUUUGGUGUAUUCUUCCAAACAGAAAGAAGAAGACUCCUCCGAGGAAUCGUCCGCCUCCUCCUCCUCCGUCUUAUCGCGAUGUAGAGAAAGGUCAAACAACCGCACGGAGUAGUGCAUUGAAAGAUGGAGGAAUGGUUGUGUUGGGUGCAACUGCGGGUGUUGCAGUUGCUGCUCUUGCCACAGAAGCCGUUGUCGGAGAUGGUGGAGGUUGCGGUGGUACUGGCUGCGGCGGUGGUGAUGCUGGUGGUGGCGGUGACGGUGGUGGAUGCGGAGGUGGUUGCGGGGGUUGUGGAGGGGGCUGCGGAGGAUGUGGAGGCUGAAAUUAAUUAAGUAAAAAGAAUUUAUGGGUUCAAUGCCUCAAGAAUCAAGAGGCAUAUGUGCACCAUGCGUGACUUGUGAUCGAUGUCUUCCAGCUCUCUUAUUAUAUGUAAAUAAAUAAUUAAGGCUGUGUUUGUUCUUAAUGUACACUUAAUAUUUUCAAGUGAAAAAUACUUAUCCACCAAAUGAUGUAUUGGUGUUGACUGUUAUUUAAACUUGAAAUCUAGCUCCUCCAAUCUUAUGUGGUGUGCGUGUACGUUUUUCUUGGAAGAGAGGCUUGUAAAAUAAAGCUCCUGCGGCGGAGCAAGUCGAUCAUUUCAGACUGGUAAGUUAACCAGAUCGGAUCCUCUGUCAAUAAUUUUCCCUGUAAGUUCCUCUAAGAUUAACUAACCACGUCGUACUCUUAUUCAGCC